CCUACCCAUACGAGAACAUGCCUCUCGCAAAGGAUCUCCUUCAUCUCUUCCCAGAAGAGAAGAGGAAACACAAGAAGAAACGCCUGGUGCAGAGCCCCAAUUCCUACUUCAUGGAUGUGAAAUGCCCAGGAUGCUAUAAAAUCACCACGGUCUUUGGCCAUGCACAAACGGUAGUUUUGUGUGUUGGCUGCUCCACUGUCCUCUGCCAGCCUACAGGAGGAAAAGCAAGGCUUACAGAAGGAUGUUCCUUUAGAAGGAAGCAGCACUAAAAGCACUCUGAAUCA